AGCCAUUUUGGUUCAAGGGAUCCGGCUCAAGGCUCAACGUCCGCCUCCCGCGCAUAAGGACGAGCGGCCCCACGACGAUGCGGCGGCCUCCCGCCGACGCGGAGCAGCCGAUGCUGUCCGCAGGGCACGGGGACGCUGGCGUGCCGCGCCGAGGCCUCGAGCGGGGGCGCUCGGUGCCGCGCGAGGGGGCGGGCGGAGCCGAGGCCGGCGCCGACUCCGACGGGCUGCCGUCGCUUCCGGCGGCAGGGUGCCGACGCCGGAUGUGCCCGCUCGCGGGCGGCGCCGCGCUCGCCGGAGCCGGCGCGCUCGUGGCCGCGUCGGGCCUCGCGUCCGCGGCCGUGGUGCGGUCGGUGCUGGGUUCCGCGGUGAGCGCGGCUGUGCCGAGGUGGGUCGACAACGGCACGGGGUGCUCUGAUCGGGAGGACCUCGUGGCGUCCUCACCGAGGACUCGAUGGACGCCUGCGGCGAGCGCUGCGCGGCCGAGGACGGGUGUGUCCUGUUCAACUUCCAGCACUCGGACUGCGCCGGCGCUGGGCCCGGGCGCGGAAGCUGCUACAGGUACAAGGGCGAGUGCAAGAGCACGUUCGACGGUUGUUGGAGGCUGUUCGCGAUGACAGGUCCAGGUCAGGCUCGGAGUUCCAGUGAGCAGCCAGGUGCUAGCGGCCACGGCGGCAGUGGCGAGGACGAUGCCGACGACGAGGCUUCGGCGACGCCGCCGGUGGAUCAGAAUUCCGAUGAGCAACCUGGUGCCGGCGACGACGGCGGCAUUGGUGAGCCCGAUGCUAGCAGCGAAAGCGAGCAACCAGGCGUUGGCGACCAUAAGGGCAGUGGCGAGGCUGAUGCCGACGACGAUGUUCCAGCGAAUCCGCCGCUGGAUCAGAGUUCCGAUAAGCAACCUGGUGCAGUCGACGACGGCGGAGUUGGUAAGGCCGAUGCCAACGGAGAAAGUGCUCCGGCGUUGCCACCGCUGGUGACGACCUUGCUUAAGGCUGCCAAAGGUGGCGACUCGGUGCUGGAGGUGAUGGAGCUCGAAGCUUUCAGCGUCGGAGACACUGUCAGGCUGGAGGCCGUCGGCACCCAGGAGGACUGCAAAGUCGGUUCCCUGCAGCGCGGCUCCAUGAUUCUGCGUUCGCCCCUGGCCAGCAACUACCCUGUCGGCGCGUCAGUGACGCUGGUGGCACACAGCCCGCGCGACGGACAGGGCAGGUUGGGUCUUGCGUCAAUGUUGGACUUCGUGCCUGGCAAGAGUUUCGGAAACGUUAGCGAGCUGUGCAGGUGUGCCCUGGUGGGCUCGUCGAGCGCCUUGCUUGAAAGGGCGGACGGGGAGCAGAUUGACUCCUACGACACCGCCAUCCGCAUCAACCGCAUCCCCCGCGGGCAGAUCCAGAGAAGCCUCGGCAGCAAGACCGAUGUGUUCUUCCUCAAUAAGCAGCAGGCGCUGCUGGAGCACGUGCAGCUGAUGACCCUGGAGGACCUCCUGCAGGGCAGCGGAGACGUGCCACCCACGGCAAGCUGCGGUGAGCUGGACAACUGCAGGAAUGCCGCCAUCGCGCAGAAGGGGGGGGAAUCCCAGCCUGCAGGAGCUGGUGGAGCGGUGGGGCAGCAGCGGGAACCACUCCCUGAUCGGGCAGGUCCGCCCCGAUAUCGCGGGCAUCUCCUGGGGCUUCUCGGAGCUCGCUGGGCACGUCCCGUCCACCGGCCUGAUGGCCUUCGUGGCUUUCCUGCCGCUGUGCCAGGAGCUGUUCGGCUUCGGCGGCACCGCCACCGCCGACGGCCACCACGAGCAGCUCGAGAUACACCACCUCGCAGCGGAGCACGGCAUCCAAGACGCGAUGAUCGCUGGGAAGCGGCCGCCGUGGACCGCCUCCGACUGGCACGGGGUGGGGCCCGACGCUCUGGCCUGGCUUCUGGCGCAUGCCGGGAAGGCCCGGAAGCUAAGAUGAUCGGCUCGGAUCCGCCCAGGACCGCUGGCCCCUUGCGCGGCCCUUUUAGCGUCUCUCGCUCGGUGAACUUUGCCACUCGAGACUGCUCACUUAGAGAAGAGGCCCUCCUGGCCAUAUCAGGUGACCAUCCGUGUCUCGGGCUGCCGUCUUCCGCCGGGCUUGACCCCGUGGCCGGGGCCAGACUUCGCGACGAUCAGCCUGUCAAGAGCCCACGCUGGAAAACGCUAAAAAAACACGCCCAGGGCGCUUUUGAGAUAAACCACGACAAGAGGGCAGAAGCAGACGACCAUAGCCGCAGCCAUCGUCGUGUAGUUUGCGUCGCCUUGCAGACAACGUGCUAAGUACACGCGUCCUGCAGUUUCUUAUCCGCCUCCUUAUAGCCGUUCGUUGACCUCUGCAAUGCAACGUGUAGGGGCUGUGUUCGGUAUAACCUGCCGCUUGAAGCUACAGACUCUUGAUGCUUACAUCGGUGCUUGUUGUGUGCCUCUUUUUGCAUAGGUCCGCAGAUGCGCCUUUCUGCUCCCUGCGUUCGGCAGGCCUUCAAUCCUCGCGGGUAGACCCCAUCGCCGCUGGUUAGGAGUCCUAACCGAGCGUUGCGAGAAGGAGUUUUGAUCCUGUUUGAACGUGCGCUUGCGAAGGCAAACGCCACAUGCGCAACAUGAUUUUUUUGUUUCCCAGCGCCCCCUCUUCCGCGCCUCCGCGCAGGCCUCUAGAGCAUGACCCCUGGGCGUUUCCAAGUUGGGGCCAGCAGCAUGGCCCGCCGCUCUGUCCAGCGACAUCCCCUGGCGAAGGCAGUGUCUUCCGCGCAGGCGAGCCCAACUAGCAGCGCUGCGCGCGCAUGUUGAAGGGGCAGCGGACGCUGGCGAACAA